AUGGCUACCCACGGAGCAGAGUCCUCAAUAGAGUCCGCGUCUGCGACGGCCUCGGCCGCCAUCAAGGCCGAACAGGGGGACAAGUCGCCCCACACGGUGUUGGAAGACGAGCACCUCAUCAACAACUUGGUUGAGGGGUUGGACAAGACAGACGAGUCCACCUCCUCUAUCAAGGCUCCCGAUUCGCUUGUGGACCCGACUCUUUCGCACUCGCCUUUGGGCCAGGUUCUUUUGGGCCAGAAGUUUAUCAUUUUGGGCACGUCCUCUGCCGCCUCAGAGAUUCAGAACAUCAUUGAGGAGCUCGGAGGAGUUGUGGUGGGGGAAGACAAUACCCAGGGCAUAUAUCUCGCGCAAUCCGUGUCGGAUGUGGGGCUGAGCGUGAAUGUUCCUGUUUAUUCGUUUGAUUUUGUGUAUGCCGCGCAGAGAGACCGCGUCUUGCCGGAUUUGAACGAGUUCAAGAUCCGCAGACCGCCCCAGCUGCCACAGAACCUCGACAUCAACAUCGGCGACCUGGCCAAAGUUGGGCUGGCCAAGGCAGAAGACGAUGUGGGCUCGACGAUCGACGCCGCUGUCACGAGUCUGUCCAUGAGUCCGGCUUCCGCGCAGAAGAAGCGGUCGAUGAAGUUCACCAAGGCAGAAGACGAGGCAAUUUUGGACCUUAUCAGAAGAAACCCAAACUUGCGGUCCACGCACAGCUUUUUCGCCAGAAUCGCACAGCUGCCGCUUCUUAGCGGCCACACAGGCAACUCGAUCCGGUUCAGAUUCCGCAAGAUUCUCUCCGACAAGCUCGAGUACGUGUAUCAAGUGGAUCCGCAAACUAACAAGCUUGUGCUGGACCCGCAGACCAACGAACCAAUCAAGGUGAAGGACCUGCCUAACCUGCUCAAGUCGCAGUACACGGCCGAGGAGGACUAUGAGCUGUGUAAACACAUCCUGCACUUUAAGGAAAAUAUGGACCAAUACGCCAAGAAGCGUAAGCUGGACGGAAACAGCAUCCCAGAAUCGGUGUUCACCGAGCUGGUUGGCAAGUUCCCAAGACACAGCGCCAUGUCCUGGAGAGACCGGUACAGGAAGUUUGCUUCCAAGUACGGACUGGAGGAGUACAUUAAGUACUACGAGGAGUGCGUGGCCAAGAACGUUUCUCCGCAGCCAAUGAAGAACCUGAGUUCGAGAGCCAAGGAAGCCAAGGAAGCCAAGCGGAUCAAGCUCGACGAGAAGAACGAUUUGGUGCCUAGUCUGGACCGUAUCGAGGCUCUGGCAAGAGUGUCUGUGGAGAGAAAGGAGACAGAGGAGAACGCUGCUAAGAAGGAGGACAGUCCUGAGCCAAAGUCCGAGAAAGACAAGCGUGCCGAAGACGAAGCUGCGUCGGCCAACUUGUUUGAGGACGCAAACGAGGACGAGAUCAAGGCUCUGGACGACGACUUGAGCAAGUUCGACGCGCUACCUCCUUUGGAGGGUGAAAACAAUUUUUUGUUCGAGGAGCUCAAGAAGGAGGAGCCCGAGCCGCUUAAGAACAAGUCGCUGAUCAACGUGGACGAGACGUGUGUGCAGAUCGAACAGAUCUUUGCCACGUUCGGGUCCACGAUCACCACGUCGUUCGACCUGUUCAAGGUCCUGAACGAGAAGGUCGGCCUGUCAAUGGGCUGGCUCAACUAUUGGUUCGACUGCUCGUGCGGACGCCUGGACCUGUUUAUGGAGGCGAUCCUCAACUACAUCCGGAACGACGAGCUGAUUCUCAACAACUAUGCCGGGUUCUGGACCUCGGACCACGACAAAAUGCUCCGCGAAAAAGAUCAGCUACCGGAGUUAAUCAAACUACACGGCUCCGACUCGGUCGCAAAGAGAAAAGAGGCGCUGUAUGGUAACUAG